AUGGGUGCUGUGGGCCGGAAUUGGCCCUCCCGCCAGAGGGACACGGUAUCGGCCUCGACGCAGGCCUCGCUCAUGGCCCAGGAACUGGAAGCCCGGACUUGGUGUGAGCAGCCAGCAGGCGGCGAGGAGGCGUGUGUGAGCGCGUCUCCCCGGGACGAGGACGGCCGUGAGGAAGGGCAGCGCUCCGGGCCUCAGGACGAGGAUGGCGGCGAGGAAGGGCAGCGCUCGGGGCCCCGGGCCUCUCCCCCACGCGACUCCCGCCGCAGCCCCAGCUCAGGCUCGGACCUCAGCGUGUCCGUGGGCUGCUUCCCCUGCGAGGACUCGCCGUCCUGCGAGGACUCGGACCCCGACAGCCCUCUGCCCUACUACGUGCCGCCGAUCCAGAGCAUGUGGAGGACCCAGAGGGGGUCCAGCGGGAGGCCGCAGGGCGGGGCCAGCCCGGGGCCCGCUGACAAGCUGGGCAUCACCCUGGCCUGGGACCUGGAUGCGGACUCGGCCAGCUCAGACGCGGCGGCGGCAGCCAGCUGCGCCCUGGCGGGGGACGCCCUGCUGGGGGCCCAGCGCCUGCCCAGCCAGAAGCAACUGGCCCUCAGCCAGCUGGACGGACUGGUCCAGAAGCUGGAGAAGUUUCUGGAAAACCACCAAGAGGACAACGAGGACGACGACGAUGACUCUGUGCUCUGUGAAAGUGCCCACGAAGAGGCCGCCCAGGGGCCCGGCAGCCCCAGCCCCGACCCGGGGGAAGGACGCGCCACCGAGCGCACCGGGUCCCGACACACAGUGGACGCCCCGUGCCCGGGAGAGGGUCUGACGCCGCAGGGGCCCGGCCUGGCCCAGCCGGGAAGCCCCACGGCAGACACCGCCUCGGAGUGGCCGGGUGGCCCGGAGGAGGAGGCCCCGGCCGCGGACACGCAGAGCCCGUCCUGCCUCAACCUCUGGGGGGCCGUCCACUGGCUUCGACGGCGCGUCCUCUCCUCCCUGCAGGCCCGAGGCCGCGCGGACAGGGGCCGGGGGGACCGGACCCUGCACAGGGGCACGCGGGUCCAGCCACAGGUGUCGCUGGAGUCGGGGUGCCCCGAGGACCCCGGGUUAUAG